AAUGAUCGUGAUCAUUCAACCUCAUCAGCUGAUGAGUGUGUUGUGUAUGCCGUAUAAGCAUUUUAAUUACGAGUGUUUGACAACUCCGUUAUUCUAUCGAAUUUAUAGGCAACACAAACACCUUUUUGCGAUCGAUUCUAUUUUAAAAUAUUGAAUCCAGUUGUGAUCCGGUGAUAAAGUUAUCGAAAAAUUAUAAAACUAUUUGAAGUGCAGGAUCGUCAUCGCAAAAAAUUGCUUUCGUGUUCAUUCAUGCAACAGGUGCGAUUUGAUGUUGACGAUCAAUUGAAAUAGCGUCUUAACUUUAAUUACAACAAAAAAUGACCGAUCCCGGUAUAAUAUGCUACCAACACUGUGGACCAAAAGUGUUUUGCCUCAAUCUCUCCAAUAUAUGUCCAUGUUGUAAGGAGAGCAUCGAGUCAACAAAAUUGAAAUUACCACCGUUCCGGUUACCAUAUCCGUUCGUCGAACCACGACCGUGCUCCAUCAUCUUGAAACCAACGCAAGGCGAUUUUUUGAAUGACUAUUACAAUUUCUCCGAUCUGCAUAUUGGUGUGACCACCAGUACUGGUGUUAUUGUGGAGUAUGACAAAAAUGGAAUCAGACGAACGUAUAACAAAGGAAGGAAUAGUCCCUGGGCACAGAGUUUAUUAGUGGACACUAUCAGUGAUGGUUGGAUGGAGCACUGGGACGAUGUUUUGGAUGAGACUUGUCUACAGAAAAGAUGGUCGUCCGAUGAUUACCAGGAGAUAACGCACAAUUGUUACACAUUUGUGUUAGGUUUUUUAAGCAAUUUAAAUUACAAUGGCCUCAGCACAGCCGCCCAAAGCAAAACAUUAUUCUGCGAGAAGUACAUCUGUCCCCGGACGACAGCGGCCGGAAAGUACAUUUCUCUGUACCGGAAAAUACGGGACAAUGGCCACUACAUUCAUCCUAGCGACAAUUCUGUGAGAAUUUGAAAUUUUCGGGCAAGUUAUAAUAAGCCUCGCGUUAGGAUAUGCACUGCACUAUGCAUUCCACUAAUUUAUUACGUAACAUAAAAGCACCCACAAUUCGAGA